UCUCCCCCUCCUAGAGCAGUGCUGGUGUUGCACUUGUUGCUUUUUAAGUUUCCAUUGGCGAUGGUCUUCGCUGAACAGCUGCUAACCUACAGUGUAGGAGAAACCUUAGAGCGCUCUGAGGAUGAGCUGGACACGGUGCCCACUUCUGUGCUCAUUCAGGUCGUGGAGCUGCUAGAACUGUACUGAGUGAGAAAUCAACCGUCCUCAAGCCAAAAUCUCCGGAGAAGACCAAACCCGAUGAAAAAGACCCUGAGAAAUCUCCUGCCAAAAAACUUGAAGGGGGUUUGGGGAGGGUUUGACCCCCUCCAAUAUUGCUUGAUCCCCUCUGAAGGACUUGAAAACAAGAUGUAUGAGAGUGCCAGAAGAGAAGUUUUUGACGCUGGAAGGUUUCCACAAGUUUACUCUAGACAGAGCCAAGCAGGACAUCCGCAGUGUUUGGCGGGCGAUCCUGGCCUGUGGAUAUGACCUGCACUUUGACAGAUGCACAUGCAUUGAUUCCCGACAUGCUCAAAAAGCCAGCAGAAAAUGGAGCUUUGAGAUGGACUUUGCAUUGGUGCAGUUUGUGAACCGUCUCAGCCGUCACCUGGCCAUCACUCCUGCCCGUCUGCAUCCACGUGAGGUUUACCUGGUCCCCAGCAAAAAUGGCGCCGAUCCUGAGGUGUCCCAGUGGAGAGUUUGCAUCUGCGCUUUGCUCUGCUACAGUCUCUAAACAGCAAACUUGAGAACUUCUUUCUGCCUUUAGUGGAGCUGAGACUCACACAGACCUACCAGAACAGCAUCGCCACGCUUCUGUGUGAGGCCAAAGGGAGCUGCUGCGCUGUGAAAGUGCUCUGGCGCGUCUGUACUGCCGCAUGGCCCUCCUCAACAUCUUUGCCCCCAAGAGUCCUCACACAUUCACACACCUCUUCCACAUCCCUGCAGUGCGUGACAUCACACUUGAAUAUCUGCAGCUCCUGUCCAAUCAGCUGCUGACUCCGCCUCUGCCAGAUGGCCGGAUCAGCUGUAACUCUGUGCGGUUGGCUCUCAGGGAAACACUCAGAGUGUCCGCGAGUGGCUGAGCGUGGCCAUCAGCAGAGCUCUGCAUCAGGGGAAGAACAGUCUGCUGGAGCUCACCAAACAGAUCUGCUGCUUCCUGCAGAGUGCGCCUGAGCAGUUCACGCUGGAGGAGAUUCCCAUCACCGAGUCAAAGGUCAGCAUGGACGUCAACUUUUCCGGCUCGUCUCCUGCAAAGAGAGUCAACUCAAAGAGCUUGUCUCCCCCUCCUGGAGCAGUGCUGGUGUUGCACUCGUUGCUUUUUGAGUUUCCAUUGGCGAUGGCCUUCGCUGAACAGCAGCUAACCUACAGUGUAGGAGAAACCAUAGAGCGCUCUGAGGAUGAGCUGGACACGGUGCCCACUUCUGUGCUCAUUCAGGUCUUGGAGCUGCUAGAACUGUACUGAGUGAGAAAACAACCGUCCUCAAGCCAAAAUCUCCAGAGAAGACCAAACCCGAUGAAAAAGACCCUGAGAAAUCUCCUGCCAAAAAUCUUGAAGCUCAUCUCAGUUUGCCAGCAUUCAGGACGGUGACUUGGUAAAUCACACAGUGACUGUACGAAUUGACAAAUCUGUGAUUGUGAAGGACUCGUUCGCUAUGGAUACUUACUAUAAUCAGUCUUCAGACAACCCUCAUCACGAGUGGUCAUCGGUUGUUCUGACUUUGGACCCAGAUGUGGACGAACAAGAACUGAUUGAGUCAAUGAAACAGUUCAGCCAAAUCCACUCUUUGGAUUUUUCUUUUGAUGAAGACACUAAUUGCAGACACAUUUAUGUGACUUUUGAGCAUUCAGGACGGGACCAGCAACCAGAUCCUGUGGUCCCCACGAGCCGCUUUAUUGAGCUGAAGACACUACUCGUGAGCAAUCUGCACCCAAUGGUCACCGAACAACAGCUUAUUGAAAAGUUUGGUGCAUUGGGGUCCAUCUCGACUGUGCAAGUGUGCAGAAACAACAUCAUCUCUCCUGCUUAUGCCUUUGUGACUUUCCAUCAUCGACGUGAUGCAGUGCGAGCACAAAAAGCUCUGAACUUCACUGAUUUACUGAAUAAACCUCUGAUCAUCAUGUGGGGCCCAGACAAGACAAUUGAGGUGCUCUCAGAUAAUGACAGCAGCUCUCCAAGACAAACAGAGGAGAGAAAGACCAGUGAAGAAACAGAGAGAAAGGCCGCUGGAGAUACAGAGGAGAGAAAAACCAGUGGAGAAACAGAGAGAGAGGCCGCUGGAGAUACAGAGGAGAGAAAAACCAGUAGAGAAACAGAGAGAGAGGCCGCUGAUGAAACAGAGGAGAGAGCGAACAGCGAGUCUUCAUGGGGAAGAAGGAUCUCCAACAAUGUGAAAAGUGCUGUGAAAGCUGCGGUGAGCAGUCCAGCAGCCUGGGUCGGAGUCGGCAUAGGUGUCUGUGCUGCUUAUGCCUACUUCAGGAGCAGGAGCUAGUGUGGACACUUUCUAAAAGACGAGAAGGCCUGCCUCACGAUCUCCACUCAUCAUCCCCAGAGUGACCAAUCACUGCUCCAGAAAGAACUUGAUGUCCCCAGCAGGCCAAACACUUGCAAUAAAUGUGAAUUGAAUAAA